GCUUUGUUGUGUGUUGCAGCUGCUAAAAACAAAUGGGUGCGUCUUGAAAUAGAUCUGCCCAAAGGUCGCAACAAGCGAGAGAGAGACCGCUCUCCUAAGCACCAGUACAAAGGACAGAAUGGUGAUUCCGGUCAUGACAGGGACGAUUACAUAAACGGCGGUAACCACCGCGACUAUGGCAACAGACGCGGUCCCAGGUACAGCAACAAUAACAACAGCCUGAACAACGUGAACAACAGGAUGGCGGGGCGUGGACGCGGCAUGGGCGCACGGGGCGGACCGAGGGCACAGUUCAACAACCGGGCCAAUAUGCGCCACAACCCUGACUAUCCAGACUACCCGACCGAAUACACGCAGGUAAUCCAGCAGAUCAACAAGUUCGCGCCAACAGCACUUCAACCAUUCAUGGGUGCAGUCUUCUUCGAAAACAUGGGCUACGCUAAUUUGGAUGAUCAAACACUCAUGGACUAUGUCAGAAAACAGAUAGAGUACUACUUCAGUGAAGAGAAUUUGAUGAAAGAUCUAUUUUUGAGACGGAAAAUGGAUGCUGAAGGUUUUCUGCCAGUGACGUUGAUUGCUUCCUUCUAUCGAGUCAGGAACUUGACAAUCGAUCUGAACAGAGUGCUGGAGGCUAUCAGCACCUCUGACAAACUGCAGCUUGUUGGUAUGAAGGUGCGCACCCGUAACGACCCAAAGAAGUGGCCUCUGCCCGACCCAGUGGGCAACCCAUUCUUUGUGAGUGGUGGAGGCGUGCAGGCGCAACCCAUUGUGGCCACCAUGCACCCACUGGGCGCACCCAUGCUUUCGCAGCCGCUGCAAGCAGUGCCGCCUGCGCCCAUGCCGCGCCGCUACCAGCAGAUCAUGUUCCCACAACCACGCGUCCCGGCACCUGUCUACAUACCCACCGAAAACCUCAACCCGGAUGUGCCAGAGUUUGUGCCGAUUGUAAAUGGCUUUGACCGGGACAUUGAGUGUGCCGAGGAGGCCACUGAAGACGGUGUGUAUGGCGAGGAAGCCGAAAGACUGAAGGAGGAGCAAUCAACGCCCAACGUGGCACAUGAAGCUGAAAGACUGAAGGCCACUGCUGGUGAUGGACAGAAGGGUGGCACCCAGGAAGAGUCAGUGACUAGUGGUGACACCUCCUCAUCAGUCUCCAGACAAGGAUCGGCUGAGAGUGAAGAUAACAGCUGCAACAAAGCCGAGACUGUAUCGAUACCUGCCUUGAAGGUCAACAACAUCACUCCCACAUCACCAAUAACCGAGCAAGAAGUAUGGAAAGAGGUAAAGAGAAAAGUGAAAUCAAGAGAGAGAGCGGACUCGUACCGAUCGGCGACCGGAGAGAGAGAAAGACAUGACUCUGUGAGAUCGACGAGAGAGCGCACGGACUCUUAUCGCGAGGAGAGAGAGGAGUUGGACUUCCAGUUCGAUGAAGAACUCGAUGUUCCCAGUCUCACCGGCCGACAGAAGCAGUUCACUGAUUGGUCGGAAGAUGAAAGUGACGACUACGAGCUGAGCGAUCACGAGAUCAACAAGCUGCUGAUCGUGACGCAGACGUCGUACCGGGCGCCCAAACACGAGGGCUACGACCGCACCGGCGACUGGACGUCACGCGUCAAGAUGACGCAGGACCUUGAGCAGGCCAUCAACAUCGGCCUACAGUACUACGAAGAGAACCUCUGGAGCGAACAGGAAUGGUUUCAGCCAACAUCAGGCAGUUACAAGACAGUGAACAUAAUCACUCAGGAGGAUUUCGCGAAGCUGGCGCCGCGGUCAGCGCCGAAGAGAAGCAAUCCCGAAGCCCCGCCCCCUCCACCACCACCCUCACUCAACACGCAUGCGCGCUACAUGCAUGACGACGAUGAUGAGUUGGAAGAGGGCGAGAUUAGGGAUGAUGAUGAUGAUGACGUACUUGUUGAUGGCAAAGUGUCUCACGAUGAGUCCAAGAAAGCAAUCUCAGUGCCAUCCGAAUCGUCGUUGAAGAAGCCGCCGAAACGCGAGCAGUACGACGACAAACAGCGGCGCUACCGCGACCGGCCCAAGUUCUACGCGGUGGUGAAGGACACGCGACGCCCAGUCGACGGCCUCAAGCGCAAAACACGUCAUUCGGACAAUCCGCCGGUCGAGCAUCACGUCGGCUGGAUCAUGGAUGUGCGGGAGCAUCGUCCCAGAACGUCGUCAAUCGGCAGCUCGACCGGCACAUCCCCGAACGAGGGCUUUCUCAGCGGCGGCACGCCCCAGUCGCUGCCGCACUUCCAGCAUCCAUCCCACUCGCUCCUCAAGGAGAACAACUUCACGCAACAGGUCUACCACAAGUAUCAUUCGCGCUGUUUGAAAGGUCAGUACCAGAAUACAAGUGUCCAUAUUAUACCUAUAGGCCUCUAUGAACAUCGUGACGAUCGUCAUGUUGUAAUAUUUUUGUAUCUUUGGGUUGACUCCAAAUACUUCAGCUAUGGUCUGGAGAAGAAGUUCCGUCCUGAAUUGUAUACAGACUUCCAAAUAGAAACUAUGCGCGAUUAUGAGAGUGGUCAGCUUUACGGUCUUGAAAAGUUCUGGGCGUUCCUGAAAUACUACAAGCACAGCUCGAAAUUGUGUGUUGAUCCCAGACUGAAGGAAUAUCUGUCCAAAUUCAAGACGAUAGAAGACUUCAGAGUCUACGAGAAAAGUGAACGAAUGGACGGUUUCGCUGCGAACCGCGCUAACCUACGCGGCAAAGGGCGCAAUCGUAGCGUGUCGGAGAGCUCCAGCUGGGACAUGUCAGUGCAUGGCAGGCAGCGCCGCAUGUCUGGAGGUCAAGGUCAGCCCGCUCAAGGUCAAGGACAAGCGACUCAAGGUCAAGGCCAACAGGUGCCCCGCAAGCGAGCCGACUCGAUAGGGUCGGGUCGGACGAGAUCCGGGUCCAUGGGCAAGCAGGCCGCGAGCAGCAAAUGGUAUGCUGAUUUUGGAGGUGACUUGAAAAAUCACGACAGCAACAUACACAAAUCCAAGCCUCGUGUCAACUUUGAUCUGAGCUGUGAGAGUUGGAAACAAUCGAAGAAGGAGAAACGAGAUAUCAAGCCCAUCACCAAACAACCAACUGUUGCUCCAUCUGCAACGGCUGCUGCACCGAAAAAUGAUACAGUUGCAACAUCUACAAAGACAUCUGCAACUGUUGCACAGAAAAAUGAUACAGUUGCAAAAUCCAGUAAUGCAUCUGCAACUGUUGCUGCACCGAAAAAUGAUACAGUUGCAACAUCUACAAAGACAUCUGCAACGGCUGCUGCACCGAAAAAUGCUCCCGUUGCAUCUACAAAUACACCAGCAACCAAGAAUGCUCCAGAUGCUGUUGCUGCUUCUGUUCCAUCAAAAGAAGUGAAACCAGUGGUUGAAAGUAAAGAAACAACGCCUAAAGAUCCUCCAACCAACGAAACAUCCAACGCCCCUACAAAUACUGCCGAGCAAUCAUCACAUUGAACAGAGGUAUUCGGCUAAACAAACAUACCUUCAUCUUUAAAUCACUGAAGAAAGUUUUUUAUAAACGUUGUGUUGUGUUGUUACUACAGCACAUUAAAAACUGUUAGUUUUCUAUCCCUCAAUCAUCAUAAUUAUGAUGAAUUGCUUGGUAAUCAUUUCAACCAAUGGAUGGAUACAUUGCUGUUGAAUUGAGAAUUAUUCAUAGAUGCCUAGAAGGCUAGAUCUAAGUAAAUUCAUUGUAGUAAAGUAUGACUUAUAAAAUGUGUGGUGUCUAUUUCAAAUUUUAACUCGCAUAUAUUUUUGUUGCUUAAAUUUCCUAUUUGUAUAGAUGAAAAAUCCAACAAUCUAUAAGAUUUAUCUGUUUUAUUUUAAUCUAUAAACUAGGAAUUUUUAUUGACUGGUUGCCUAAUUUGUUUGUGUUCAUCGGUGUAAAUUAUUGGAAGAAUUCGAAUGGGUUGUGUCAACCCCAUACAUAUUGCGUAUUUGUUGAAAAUUUCCAAAAAGUAAGGUUCUUAGAAUUUUUCCAACACACCAGUACUCUGAGCUCAGCAUUAUGUUCCUAAAAUGUUUAAUAUUUGUACGUGUUGUUUUUUCAACAUUUCUGAAAACAAAUCAAAUGAAUCUUAUUCUCUUGAAAAGCAAGCUUAUGGUGAUAAAAUAAUAUGAAAUAGCUUAGAUUUGUUAUAAUAAAUAAUAAUCUUAAUAUUUUUUCCAUUUGAUUCUGUAAAUAUUCCUCGUUGGAAAUUGUAUAAUAAUGAGCGUAUAGCUUUUAUCAAUGUAGAGACCCUUGGGGUACGUAUUUUAUUUUGAUCAAUCACCAUGUUAUGGUGAAAUGGCGAUUUUUUUUAUUUUAGGUGCGUUCCGAACCACCAGACUGUAUCAAGCUUUCGAACUUGACAGAAAUAGUUUUUAUUUUCGGUGUGUGAGUGUUCUAUUUACGUUUGUUAUGGGAGGACUGAAGUUUCCUUUACAACAAUGUCGUGUGAACAGAACUUCAAGUCUUGAUUCCUCUAAUUUCUAUUCUUAGUAGUGAUAAAAAAGACGUUUAAAAAUAUAUAAAAAAUAAAUAUGUGUGAAUAUUUUUAGCAUAAAUUACGAGUGUUGUACAAGUUGCAAUACAAUAAUCCAGUAAACGGAAAUUAAGCGUGUUUUAGCAUAAAUCUUGGUAGAGUUUUCUAUGCUUUACAUAAAAAAGUAUGAAUGUGUGGGAGUGAGAGAGAUGAUGUAUGAAUUCACCAUUGUUUUAUUUUCAAGUUGCCAUAAUGUGUAGUUUUCACGUAUAUUAAUUUCUCCAUCUACAAUAUUAUCGAUUGAUUUAUAAAAUAAUUUAAACCUGUGUUUGCAUAUUCAAUCAUCUAUUGAUCGUCAAGAUAAGUCCUUAUCUGCUAAUGAUGAGUAAAAUAUCCAUAUUUAACAAUCAAAAAACUAAGAGUGUUAUUGAUAGAUCAGUUUAUUUUUGUUGACUCAUAACUGUACUAGACUAUUUGGUUUUUAUAAUUUUAAGUUAUUGUUACUUCAUGGUUUAUAAUAUUCCUUUUUGCUUUAGGUAGAGCUUUUACAACUCUGCAAGUAGAUUUCUUUCUAUGAACAAGGUGUAGGUUUUAUUAUUUACAAGGUGUUUACCGGCUAGAGGUCGUCUAAAAAUUUAGUUGGAGUACAUUUUGUGGGUUUGAAUGUAUAUAAGAGUAUCAAUGUAGAUUGUGAUAGUGUAUGAGUAACGAUUAUUGAUAAAUAUCAAGGAUGAUUACUGAUUUCUUUUUGUACUAGUGUAUUUUAUUUCCGAGGUCAAGUCGGUUAUUCGUUUACCCUUUACCAUUCUGAGUUUAGUUUUCUUAACUGAGAACUAGUGUAAUCAUUACCAAUAAAUUAAUAUGAUCACAUUUUGUUCAAAUAAUGUUGAUAUAUUCUUCAUUAAUUCAUUGCUGUAGAAAUAUUUUAAGGAUAUUAAUUCCUUGACAAAGUUUCAUAACAGUAAUAAUCUAUAUAAAUUUUAGUACCGUAACUAAAUAUAAAUUUAUUAUGUAAACUAAACCUAUAAUAGGCCAACUACCUAGACUUAUUUUAUACUAUAAUAACAUGAUUAUAUAUAUAGAUUUAAACUUGUAUAUGAUCAUAUUCUUCGUCAUAUCUCUAAAAUUUAUAGUUUAAAGGAGAUCAAAAAGUAUUUCCCUCUUGAAAUGUCACUAUUUUCAGUAGAACUGCAUUACUUGACUAGUAAACUUUUGUUGAUGAGGUUAAUUAUUACUAAUUCUCACAUUCUUCAAUAAUUUCGCUGUUUUAACUGACUUGUCCUUUUUUCUUCCCUUCUCAUCAAUUGUAAUUUACUAUACUUAGUUAGUUUUACGUAGAUGUUAGACUUCAAAGGUGGUGGGUAAAUAGUAAUAUUUUUAUUAAUCUCUUCAGAUUUUAUUUUAAUAAUCACAGUUUUUUCCUUUAGGAAUAAUAUUGUUCUUCUUAGAUUUAGCUAUAAAUCGUGUGUGUAACAAUAAUAAUUAUAAUACUAAUUUAAACAAGAUAACUUUCACACUUGGAUAACUUCAUUGAAUAUAGUCUUCCUCUGUUGGGUGCAGCCUGUUGAAAAUUCGCAGAGUUCACAGUUUUCAGUUUUGUUUGAUAAUAAUUGAAAAUCUAGAUUAGUUGUUGCGUUUAUUUUGUUGUUUUGUCUGAUGAUUGUUUCGUUACCUUUCAAUUCCCUGUCUAAAAUUAUGUAUGUUCACAUACUUGAAUAUUCUGGUUUUUUGUCUAUUUGAUAUUAUUCUAUGUUGAUGCAUAUAUUUCGGAAUUGUUAUCAUUGUCCAAUUUCUACAACUGUGUUGUAACAACGUAUUCAUCUUAUCUAUUUCAAUUAUAUUUACCAAUUGAAUUCCACUUUAUCUAGAAUCUGCAUUUUUCUUUUAAUGUAAAUAGAUGAAAAUAAUUCUAAAUAUAUUCUAAAAUAUAUCACCUAGGUUGAUUAGUAUUUGAUGUAUUUUUACUUGAUAAACGAACAUUGAAAUAACUUUUGUAUCUACAGUACUUUUAGUUACUUUUAAUAUAAAAGUGACGUUGAAAUUAAAUGUACUUUUAUUUGUAUUAGCAAAUCAAUAUAUUUCAUUAUUAAGCGCUGUAUUAAUUUCUGCAAAACCAGGUUCCCGGUUUUGAUUCCUGGUUCAGUCUAGCAUUUUUCUAGAAUCAUUGUAAUUUAUCAUUCCUUUCUUGUUUGAAAUUUCAUACAUCAUGUCAUUGUCAGGCAUAUUCGAUAAUAUUAUGCUUCUGAAGAUUAUUCGCUAUUCAAAUACAUGAAUGAACACUCUUCUACAUUACAUAUAUGUGAAAUUGCUCAAUCAUUUAAAAAAAUUGAUGUUCCCAAAUGUGUUUUGUAGCGUGUUUCAAGGCAUUGGUGAAUCAUAAAUUACUAUGACGUAUUAACUAAAAAAGUGAUUAAGUAAUAAAUUGUAGUUCAAUUUUUGCAGUUUAAUUAAUGGUGAAUCAUGAAUUAAUAAGUCGCAUUAACUAAUAAAGUAAUUAAGUAAUAAAUAUAAUUUUAUUGGUGAGACAUAGGGUUCUCACCUCUCCAUGUUACACUGUUGUCGUUUGUAGACGAAAAUAUUGUUAUUUUUCACGUGUCAAAAAUUCCUUCAAUCCAAUAAUCAUUAUUAUUAGUUUAGUUUCAUACAAAAGUUUUUGAACACGUCACUCCCGUGUUAUCGGAUGGGCACGUUAAUUUGUCGGUCCUGGCUGAAGUAUGAUAGUCGUAAGGGGCCCAUUGACGGCUUAGAUUAUAUAUUCAGGCGAGUUGGACCUUCCGUCAGGAACACCCCACCAAUAAAAGCCAUACGAAUAUUAUUAUUAGUAAGUUUAUGGGUAUAAAUUAACUUUGUUAAUGACGGAGAUCAUAUAAGAUAACUCUGGAAUGUAAUAGCAUGCUGUAUUUCAACUAAAUUAAUAGUUUGUAUGUUGGAGGUAUUGUUUUAGUAUGAUAAAUCAUAGUGGGGAAAAUUAAUAUUCUACUUAUUACUCAAAUAAGUAGACUACUACUUAUCUACUUAUUACUCUUUUUCUUCUAUUUACUCAUUGAAAUCAUUAUCUUCUGUACCUUAACCUUAGCAGAGGGCUUUUGAAUUAAAACCAAGACUAAUGCUGUACAUGGUAGUUUGUUCUUGAAUAAUUAAUUCUACGCUUAAUGCUGUAGCAGAAAUUAGAAAGAGCAGGACUUUUACUGUCCUGGUAUCUAACUCGAAUUUGCAACAAAUUGAAUCACUGAAUCUACUUAAUGUAACCGUCAUAUCCUAGUCAAUUGACUAACAACUAGUUUUAUAUCUAUUGUGAUCGUUAAUUCCACGUUGACAGUUACUUGUUGAAAUUCGAUAUUUUUUUCUUUGAAGCAAAUUAAUUUAAUUUGCAUUUUCCAGUCUUGUUCGUUCAUAUAAUGAUGCUAGACUCAGAAAAUUAUACUAUGUAUAGUUUCAACCAUCCAUUUUAUUAUCAACGAUUAUUUUUCAGUCGAAUAGUGCCUUUCUAAAAAGUAUUUGUGUGUAAAUGACAUGGCCAAAAUAUUUUUUGUACAUUCAAGCGAGCUGUUUUAGUAUCCAGCACUUAGAACAACUUAACAAUAUUAAUUGUUUCAAUUUUUCUACUGGAUUUGAAAUCUGAACGGAAUAACAUAGAUUUCCUACUUUUCUAUUAGUGAACUAAUGUAUUUCACUGUAUUUUGGUGUUCUUAACAAUAAAAAUAUAUUUGCUGCAAACGUUUCUUCCCUGUUAAUUUCUUAGGGAGUAGAUAUUUUCUACAACGUUCAUCCAUUCUGUGCAGAAAUAUCUUAUUUUGUUCAAACGUUAGUGGAUUGUGAUAAUUAAACAAGUCUUUGUUAAAAUAUAUUCAAAAAUCGUAGUGUAUUUUGGAUAAACAAAAAAAUAUUAAUGGAGUUUUAGUUUAGGUUAAGAAUAUUAGUCUGUAGUUCAUUAAUAUUAAUGGAUAUUAUCAUUAUUAUAGCUAUUAAAAUGUAAAAGGGCUUACUAGUUGUAGAUUACAUAAUAAUUAUUUUCCGUUAGUUUCAGUAGCACUAUGAUAAUAAUACAACACUGUAUAGCUCCUGUAAGUCAGGUUUCUGAAAAUUUUGGGUGAGAAUUAAUAUUUUAUUAUAAGAGACAUUCUGUGUACAGUAAUAAGGGACCAGUUUUUUCAUAUUCAUCCAUCUCAGGAAAAACUACCUCCCCAUUAUGGUCCUCUUGAAUAUUUUUGUAACUUAUUUGGACAUUUAUUUCCAACAAAAAAUAAAGUCUUUGAAAUUUACUGUGAAGUUUCGGUCUGUAGUUAUGUGAUUGUAAAAUGUUCAUAAUGUUACAGAUUUUGUGUAUUGAAACUUAUAAAAAACAUAUUUCAUCUCAUAUAUGAUAACAAUAAUAAUAAUAGUAGUUAACCACUUGUUCAAAUGUGAAAGCAAUAGUGUGAAAAUUUCAAAAAUGGGUUUAAUUGAUUUUUUUUCAGUUCUCAUUCAAUUCAUAUCAGGCUUUUGUAUACUUUGAAACUGUCAAUAAACUCUGUAUAAUAUUGAAAGUUUAACAUUUGUCAAUAUAUUCAUCAGGCUUAAGUGAUGAUUUCUUAUUAUUUGAUCAUUGAUAAAUAUAUCGCUUCAACUGGUAUUUGCAAUUUUUUUUUCAGGUGCAUUUCACAUCAGUUCUGUUUUGGAAUAGUUGACCUAAUACAUUUUCGAUUAUUGCAUAGAACAUUCCUCCAGUUUUUGCAGUGAAUUCCCAACGAUUUGUUACAAAUUAAUGUAGUUAUAAUAUAUCCAUAAUCAUUUUUGAAUUAUCCUGAAAUAAAAAUAUUUAUUGAUCAAUAAUAAAAUAAUAUUCAUUAAAAGAGUAGGUAAUUAAUUCAAAGUACAAAAAUACUCAAGUGUGAUUUUUUCAAUUUCAUAAUGCAAAGUUGUUCCCUAACAUCUUCUUUCUUGUUUAUUCUCUAUGUCUUCCAGUUACAAAUAUGUUCAGCUAUACAGUGUUGAUUGUAACAGUUUAUUGUAAAUAUGUUAAUAAAUUGAUGUUCCAGCUAUUUUGAUGUAAUAAAGGGUGGUUAGCUUUUGCUACUGAAAAACAAUUUUUACUCUUAAUAGAACCAAAUCUAAAUAGAAAAUCGUUUCUAAUUUUUAUGUCAAUACUCACCUUCAGAAGUUAUAACAAAUCACUAGUGAUUGCUUGGCAAACAAUCAGUAAAUACAGUAAUAACGUGUGGUCUUUAUCAUUGUUUGAAAUAUUUUUACUCGAUUUAUUUCCCACUCAUGUUUAUAUAUGUUUUGUACAUGCUAAGUAAGAAUAGUCAUAGUUUUAAUUAUUAUUAUCGAAUAUUAUUACUAUAAUACCAACCAUUAAGUUGAUAAAAAAAGAUAUAAAAAAUAUAAAACCUAUAAAAACUUGUAA